AUGGGAUAUCAAGAUUCAGCGGAAGCUUUACCUCCCUCCUCCUCCUCCGAUCAAACCGACAACUGCACCACUCCAAGCCACAUACCGCAACCCCUAAAGUUCCUUGUCUCCAACAUCAAGAACCUUGCUCCUCAUCCCCUAACGACAGAGAACUACCCCAUUUGGCGUAUUCAACUCCUCCAGCAAUUCACCGCAAAUGGCUACGUCGGCCAUCUUACCGGCACCAUCACAGCUCCCUCGGACACCACUUCCGCUGCUCACGCUCAAUGGCUCCUCGUCGAUAGCAAUCUUCUCUCCGCUCUCUUCUCAACGGUCUUGCAAUCCAUUCAACCGUACAUUAUUACCUCCACCACCAGACAAGAAGCCUGGCCUGUUCUUGAACGUCGCCUUCAACCCACCAGCCACUCUCAGGAAAUUCAACUCAAGAAAGAGUUAUACUGCGUUCAAAUGAAAGAUCUGCCCAUGCAACAGCUCACCCGCAUUAAAUCUAUUGUGGAAAACAUCUCCGCAUCCGGUUCGAAAAUCGACCCUGAAGAUAUCAUGCUCCACAUCCUGAAUGGCCUUCCUCCCACAUUCAUGUCCUUCAUGUCAACGAUCCAGAACUCACUGCUUCCUAUAGAUAUUGACACGUUCUACUCUCUACUAUGCAAUGAAAAAAUUCAUAUGCAGCAAGAACUUAAUCAAGAUCACACCAACAACUCUGCGACAACAGCUCUUUAUGCCGCCCCAUCCAACAACUAUCGCAGUCGCAACAACACCAAACGCUUCAGAAAACCCAAGAACCCGCAGCCACCGCUUAACACCUCGGCCUAUCCGCUCAACUCACCCACAUCUCAGAAUUUGGCAAGACCAACGUGCCAAAUCUACGGCAAAAUCGGACAUGUCACGCUGAACUACUGGCACCGAUGCAAUUUUAAAUAA